AUGGCUCGAGGAGGAAAGGGGGUGGAGCGUGCAGCCACGGAGAAGAAGAUUGCCAUCCUGGAGAGGGCCCUGCACCAUCACCCGGGGUCCGAGCGACUCCUCCUGGCCCUGCUGGAAGCCGCCAAGGUGAUCUGCGACGAGGCGGAAAUGGCAAGGCGGUGGCGCGCAGUGCUGGAGGCCCACCCCGACAGCCCCGCCCUCUGGCGCGCCUUCCUGCACUCCCGGCUCCGCGCCUUCUCUUGCUUCAACGCCAUGGAGGUGGAGGCGCAGUACGCCGCGGCGGUACGCUCCGUGGCGGGAGCGCUGGCCCUGCGCCGCGCGCGGGGCGCCGACCUGGCGGAGCUGGAGGCGUGGGAGCGCCAGCUGGCGGGGCUGGCGCUGCAGGGCGUGCUGCUGAUGCGCCAGAGUGGGCACACUGAGGCCUUUGUGGGCAGCAUCCAGCUCCUGCUGGAGUACACCCUGUGCCGCCCCGACGAUUGGCCAGAGGAUGCCUUGCCAGACAUGUUCCCUGACUACUGGGCGGGACGGAGUCCGCUCCUGGGCGAGCCAGGGUCCAGGGGUUGGGCGGCAUGGCUGGCAGGCUGGCAGGCCGCGCCCGCCCCUGUGUCUGCCACGGUGCCAAGGCGCGAGCCCGCGGCUGCCGCGGCGGCUCCCGAGGAGAAAGAUGAGAGCGGCGCAACUGCCGGAGUGUGGACCGGGCUGGGCCUGGAGCUGGAGGCGGCGCUGGAGUCUGGGGAGACCAUGACAGAUGCGGUGCUUUCCUCCUGGCUGGAGAGCGAGGAGUCCAGGUCUGCUGCCCAGUGGCACCCCCUGCGCGUGCUCGCCCUGGAUCCCGGCGGCGAGGCCGACCCAGGGUGCGACGGCCAGCGCGCCGUCGCCUGGGGCCGGGUCUCCCACCUGGCCCUGCCCCUGGGUGAGCGCGUCGGGGGGGGGGUCGCCUUCGCUGCGGACCCCGGGGCAGACGCGCUGGGGGCCCCUGCCCUCAUUGCCGCACGCAAGGGAUUUCAGGCAUGCAACGACGGGGAGGGCGGGCGGGUCCUCGGCUCAGCCUCCGCGGCCGCCGAGGCGCUGGCCCUCGCCCGCGCCGAGCUGGCGCUGGACGCCUCGGCGCUGCAGCCGCCUGCCGCGCUGUGGCUGGACGGGGUGGCGCUGCUCCUGGGCGCCACACCGGCGCGGGAGCUGGGCGACCUGGUGGACGUCAUGCGCGGGAAGCAGGUGGCGCUGCGCACCGAGACGCUGGAGGCGGUGCUGCAGCAGCUGGAAAGCGCGCCGGCAGCAGGGAUGGGAGAGGAGCGCCCGCCCGUGGGCCGCGCCUGA